GAACACACAUCCACCAUUGAUUCAUUAGCUCUCCUAUCUACUGUGGUUGAGAACAACAGCCCGGGCACUCCGAAACACAGGGAUCACUUUGGAUCUCCUCUGUUUAUGGAAGACACACCAGGGCAGACCGGGCACCUCUUUGGUCUUCCAUAUAAUCUUGGCAUACUGGAUCAGAUCCUUGGAUUGUUGGAGGGGACUUCAACUGCAUUCACAACGUGGAUGAACAUAAGGGCAAUUCUGAACCUUGCUACAGGUCUAUUGAUGAAUUCAAGGAAUGUGCAGAAUCCUCCAACCUUCUUUAUAUCUAUCCUUCAGGGGGCCACUAUUCAUGGAGCGGGAAAAGAAGCAAUGGGAAAGUAUGGAGACGUCUUGAUCAUAUCCUUGGGGCUGUCUGCUAAACUUAAGGAACUGAGGAAAAGUCUACGCACUUGGAAUAAGGAUAUUUUUGGGAAUGUAUUCCAAAACCUUAAGGAAGCAGAAUAUAAAGCAAAUUCUGCCCAGGACAAAUUUGAGCAAAACAGCAACCCAGAAAAUUUGGUGGAAUUCAACAAAGCCAAUGCUGAGCUACUCCUCCAAUCCAAAAGGGAAACAGAAGGCGGGACUCAAAUGGAUUAAAGAGGGUGAUGCUAACACCAAAUUUUUCCAUAAUGUGGUUAAAAACAGGCGCAAUAAACUCAGGAUCUCUAG